CUUUGCAGCCUCACGAUUGACGGGGUCGGCCAUAUUGGAAAGCAGAAAUAUAGUACGACCAUGAUUUCUCGGUUACGUUUGGUUAGCAGAAUCGGUGGUGCUUCAAGGCUCUUGGCACUUGCAAAACCAAGUGUUCCAGCCACCACAAGACUGAUGUGUCAGGUUACACCAAAGGAAGAAGAAACUCCUGAGUUUGGUCAGUUCUUUAGAGAUGUCAGCAGCAUGUUGAAAGAGAAAACUGGAGAAACAGGCCAUAAACUUCUUGCUGGAGGAUUACUCACUUAUAUGCUUUCAAAGGAAUUACUUAUUCUUCAUGAUGAGACUCUUCUUGGCGUUGUUAUGGCAGCCACUGUGUAUGCCCUUUACUUGAGGAUUUCCCAACCAAUCACAGACAUGCUGGAUGACAGAAGUCAGGAAAUCUUGGAUUUGUACAAUGAAGGUCGGAACAGUCAAAUUGAGGUUUUGACAAAAGCAAUAGAGGAAGAGAAGAAAAUUGAGUAUAUGCUCACUGCAAGAAAGGACAUCGUGGAAGUUAUGAGGGAAAACAAUGCAAUGUCUUUGGAGGUGGAGUACCGUAACAGGCUUCAUGAAGUUGUCAGGGAGGUCAAGAAACGUUUGGAUUACCAAGCAGAAAUGGAAGCUUUCCAGCGAAAGACUGAACAAGAUCACAUAAUUGACUGGGUGGAACAAGAAGUUGUGAAGAGUAUUACACCUCAACUGGAAAAAGACAGUGUUAGCCAGUGUAUAAAAGAUCUAAAAGCCAUGACACCAGCAUGAGAAUGCAAGUGUGAUUUAUAACAUUCAAACUUUGCAAGUGUUGUGCCUCUUUUUUGUGAAUAAAAAUUCUUGUUAUUGGAUUUGUAACUCCAAUGUGUCAGUGGUAAUUGCCAAAUAAAGGGUGAAUUAUCUUA